UCCUGCUCUCAUUGAUAAAUUGUUUUCUCCUCCAAUCAAAUCAUUCCUUUCAAAACUGACUCACAAGAAAAUAUAAAUAAAGAAGAUUACAAUAACUUAGUAAAGUAUUGCUUAGGCUAAUUGUCUUUACGAUAUUGUAAAACAUAUCGUCUCGAAGAACAAUAGAACUCAGAAACAGUUUGCAUUAUGGGGUUUCUAAUCAUAUCCCUAUUAAUUGGCGUUGGUGGUUUCGCCGUAGUUCUUGCUCGUGAGUUAAGAAUACCUAUAUCCGGUACCAUUAAUAUAGAUGCCAGUAUUUUAGACGAUUAUAUAGAACAGAAAAUAGACGAGGAGUUUGGUGGAAUUAGUGGCAUGAACGGAAUAGGAGACUGUGAGCCAGGAUGGUUAGAAUACAAGGAACGGUGUUUCUUCAUUUCUACAAAUAAGAAAUCUUGGUUAGAUGCGCAGGAUUACUGUUGGAAUUUUGAUGGAUACCUAGCAGAAAUUCGUGACAACCAAACUGACAAAUAUAUCAAAUCUCUUCUAGAAAAGGACGAAGACAAUAAUCAACGGAUUUUCUUUAUUGGUGCCAGUGACUUAGAAGGUGACAAUAGAUGGAUAUGGGCAAAUUCCAGAAAGCCAGUGACAAGCACCUACCGUGAACACUUCAAUUCCUCUGGAGGCCACUGUGCUGCUGUUAUGGAGGAGGGUCAAUCUACCUUUCGUUUGCAUAAUUUACAUUGUGACAGAAAGUUAAGAUUCAUUUGUGAAGUUGACAAAAUGUAUUGACACCUGGCAAUUUUGUUUUCCUUGGAUGUAUGCAAAAGCCAAGACAUUCACCAUUUAACAAUUAAGUUUUUUGUGUUCAAUGCUUCUAUGCACGUACUUUAUUCAACUUUGUACUUUAUUCGGCUUUUUUUUUUUGAUUCGAGCGUCACGAAUGAGUCUUUUGUAGAAGAAACGCGCGUCUGGCGUAUAUACAAAAUUUAGUCCUGGUAUCUAUGAUGAGUUUAUUUGGUACCAAAAUGUGUCUAUUUGAUAUAGUGUUGCUUCCUAAAUCAUAUUAGUGUACUGUUAUUUUACAUACAAUACUGGGUUUGUGAGAAAGUUCAUUUAUGUACUGUUAUCGUUUAGUACAAUCAACAUAAUAAUCUUGUUUAUACUAGUUCAGUACAUCCAGAUGCUGCACUUUCAAUUACAUUUCCUUUCAUUAUCAUUGAUUUGGUUAUAUUCAUAAACUUUUCACUGUUUACAAAACAUUGAAUUUUAGAAAAACUAAGGCUUUUCUACCUUAGAUUACCUUAGCUGUAUUUGGCAAAACUUUAAAAAAAUAUUCGAUCCUCAAUGCUCUUUGAACUUUAUUUUGCUUUUUGCACUUUUUUUUAUUCCAGCGUCACUGUUGAAUAUUUUGUAGACGAAACGCGUGUCUGGCGCAAAUACAAAUAGUUAUAAUGAGUUGAUUCAUACUAAUGAACAGUGUAGCUAUAUGUGUGCAUUGCUACUUUAGCAAGUACUGUAUAGUUACCCACAUGUGCUCAUUUGAGAAAUUUUGAUUCGUUCAUUGAAAUUAUUGUACUAUUUCAAUACCAUUAUUUUACAAUAACGGAUAUAUGAGUAGUUUCAAGAAUCAGUUGUAUACUGUUAUGUUUAAGCUCAAUUAUUCAACAACAAACAUAAGUUCAUACUAGUUCUGUAUGUUGAUAUUUUGAUUUUCAGUAAAAUAUUCUAUCAGAU